AGAAGGUGAUCCCCAUCAUGGGCCAGAGUAACCACACCACUGUGAGGGAAUUUGUCUUCCUAGAAUUCACUCGCUUCCGGGAACUGGAGUUUUUCUUGUUUGUGUUCUUCCUUGCUGUGUAUGUGACAACUGUGCUGGGCAAUGCCCUCAUUGUGGUGACCAUCACCUGUGACUCCCACCUGCACACUCCCAUGUACCUUCUCCUAAGGAACAAAUCAGUCCUAGACAUUGUGUUUUCAUCAGUCACCGUUCCCAAGUUGCUGGUAGAUCUUUUGUCAGAGAGGAAAACCAUCUCUUACAAUGGCUGCAUGGCACAGAUCUUUUUCUUCCACUUUACUGGUGGGGCAGAUAUUUUUUUCCUCUCUGUGAUGGCCUAUGACAGGUACCUUGCAAUCGCCAAACCCUUGCAUUAUGUGACCAUUAUGAGAAGAGAGGUGUGGGUGGCCUUAGUGGUGGCUUCCUGGGUGGGUGGUGGUUUGCACUCAAUUGUCCAGAUAAUUCUGAUGCUUCCACUCCCCUUCUGUGGCCCCAACACCCUGGAUGCCUUCUACUGUGAUGUGCCCCAGGUGGUUAAACUGGCCUGCACUGACACCUUUGCUCUGGAGCUUCUCAUGAUCUCUAACAAUGGGCUGGUGACGCUGUUGUGGUUCCUCCUGCUCCUGGGGUCCUAUACCGUCAUUCUGGUGAUGCUCCGAUCUCACUCUGGAGAAGGCUGGAAAAAGGCCCUUUCCACCUGCACCUCCCACAUCCUGGUGGUGACUCUUCACUUUGUGCCUUCUGUUUACAUCUACUGCCGGCCCUUCACUACGUUGCCCAUGGACACAGUCGUGUCCAUCAAUAACACGGUCAUCACUCCCAUGCUGAACCCCAUGAUCUACACCCUGAGAAACCAGGAAAUGAAGUCAUCCAUGAAGAGACUGAAGAGGAGACUUGGACCUUCUGAGAGCAGUAAACUGGGACGAGCAGUCAAACUGAGACUGGAAAUCUAACUGAUUUGGUUUUCUCAAGCUGCUAGCCUUAUGGUAAGAGGACUAGCA